AUGCAGGAGUAUGAAGAGUUGGGCCACAUAUCUAUUGCGGAAGRAGCAGGCCAGUAUUACAUACCUCACCAUGCGGUUCAGAAGGUGGAAGGAGAGGUGUCAAAGUUAAGGGUGGUUUUCGACGCUUCUGCGAAAUGCCAUUCCGGGGUGUCACUCAACCAAUGCUUGUUGGUUGGCCCGAAGCUCCAGCAGGAUAUUGUCGAUGUUUUAAUURGUUUCCGGGUGCAUAAAGUGGCGUUCACRACUGACAUCUGUAAGAUGUAUCGUCAGAUUGACUUGUUACCGCAAUAUCGAGGGUGCCAAUAUAUCCUGUGGAGAGAUUCACCUCAAGUCAUUAUCAAAGAAUAUGUACUCAACACGGUCACSUACGGGGUAAAUAGUGCUCCUUAUUUAGCUCUGCGUGUCCUCCGGUACAUUGACGUGGAGUGUGAAGACUUACUGGAUGUCAAGAACACUUUUUACAAUCCAACAUAUAUGGACGAUAUUUGUCUGAAGAAAUGGGCAAGUAACGCUCCAGACUUGCUGAGUCAGUUACAACCAGAAGAUUGUUCCGGAGAUCCGUUGGCGUUCGAGCAAGAUAAUGCGACGCAGGUGUUGGGCAUGCGGUGGAACCAUGGCCAGGAUUAUUUCUCCUUUAGUAUCAAUAACUUCAAGAUGAUCCCUACCAAGCGCGGUGUGUUAUCCAURAUCGCCAGGAUCUUUGAUCCGUUAGGCUUACUAGCACCAACCAUAUUUUACGCGAAGACAAUAAUGCAACGAGUAUGGCUCGCGCAGAUCGAUUGGGAUGAUCAACUUCCGUCAGACAUUGAAGAGGAUUGGCAGGAGUUCUAUCAAUCGUUGGGUUGGCUUGUGGGUAUCAAGAUUCCGCGCUAUAUCGGUUGCUCCACCGGUUGCGUCUAUGUGUUGUGUGGUUUCUCUGAUGCUUCUGAAAAGGGCUAUGCUGCGGUCGUUUAUCUGCGAGUGACGGAUCKGUCAGGAGAUGUAUGCUCAUAUCUCCUUGGAUCCAAAACGAAACUAGCUCCGAUGAAGACUACCUCAAUUCCUCGGCAUGAAUUGAGUGGUGCUAUUGGUGUGGCAGGGGUUUYCGCGUGGACAGACUCAACCAUCGUGCUCUCAUGGUUGAGUAAUCCCGACACAYCAUUCAAAACUUUUGUGUCCAAUCGAGUGUUCCAGAUUCAAUCAAUACCUAAUUGUCAGUGGCUACAUGUCCGGUCGGAGAUCAAUCCUGCUGAUUGCGCCUCGCGUGGACUUCCUCCGGCAGCACUCGAGAAGUCCACACUGUAUUGGAAGGGUCCAAGUUUUUUGUCGUCCCCUGUCGACAGCUGGCCGAAAGGUAUCRUCAAGUYAACUCUGRAUCAGUUACCUGAGGUGCAGCCAGUGUGUUUGUUGUCGCAAAGCCAGGCCCCAGCUGAGUGGUACGCGCGUUUYUCCUCCUACGACCAUAUGAUUCGAGUUGUUGCUCGACUACGCAGUUUCAUGUUGAGGUGCCUGAAGAAGGACUGUGAUACUGGUUUUUUUGAAGCAGUCAGAGCUGAAUUCUGCUCUAUGUACGGUCGUGAAGAGUGCGCAAAGGGGGUUAGCUCGCCUCUCUCCAUUUUUGGAUUCCCUUGGGGUAAUUCGUGUAGGGUGUCGUCUUCAAACUCCAAUUGGCCAGAGCGUCGGAGACAUCCCAUGUUGAUACCCAAGGAAUCUCACCUUGCAGUGCUUAUUAUYCGUCAUUGGCAUCGUUAUGCUUGUCAUGCGGGUCCACGGUUGCUUAUCGCGUUAGGACAGAGACGUUUUUGGAUAAUUGGUAUCCGGCUUGUCGUCCAUCGAGUAAUUCGAAAGUGCAYGAUCUAUGCCAAAAUCGCCACGAUCAAUCCUCAACCCAUGAUAGCAGAUCUGCCCGGUUUCCGCGUACAGGAAACUCAUCCAUUUGCCAUAGUCRGCAUUGAUUACGCGGGACCGUUGCAAAUGAAGGAGCUGAGUCUACGUAAGGCCCGAAUUUGUAAAGUCUACAUAGCUGUUUUUGUUUGUAUGACUACGAAAGCUGUACAUUUAGAAAUCGUUUCUGAUUUGUCCACUGAUGCGUUUUUGUUAACGUUGGAUWGGUUCGUGGCCUACCGUCGUCCAUCUACUCUGAUUGUGGUACCAACUUUGUUGGGGCAGCCAAACAGCUGCGACAGUUGA